CUAGGCUUUUCAGUGAUGGAGCGACGGAACGCACCUGUAUUCCUGUCGGCGAUAUUGACAAUAUUUAUUUGUAGUUCCGAGGCACAGUUGGGGAAGGUCGACAUCGGCCUCAAAGAGAUCCUGCGGUGCGAGGACAGCGGCACCGAAGACAUCACCUUCAGCACGACGAGGCUGACCAGGGUGAGCAGGACAACUGUCAACUACUUCACCAACUUCACCCUGAAGGUCCCGCUCGACGACAAUCUAUCGGCGGUAUCGGACUUACAAGCCUGGGGUAAUGGCGGGUGGAGGCCGGGCUUCUUCACGCUGGACACUCCUCACCUCUGCAUUGGUUGCAAGGAACUCAACCCCAUUUGGUUCCACGAGAUCAUCAAGAACACCGGUCACGAUGACUGUCCCAUCCCACCGGGGUCGUAUCAAGUGACAGCUUACAAUAUAUCCUUAGCUGAAUUCAACAUCCCCAUGUUCAACUACGGCAAGUACAAGAUGAUCAACCAGAUCUAUAAAGAUGGCGUCAUGGUCGGCUGCAUUGGAAUGGUUCUAGAAGCCACUCCAAAGAGGAAGAAGCUCUCAAAGAAGAGGCCUUGAAUUUAAUAUCGAUUAAUAUGUUGAAUAUACAAAUGACCAUAUCUAAUAUUAAUUGAGAUUUUUUAAAAAUAAACAAUAUGCUUGAGA